AUGGCCACAAAGUCCUUUGAAAUUCUUAAAUGUUAUGAUUUCAAAAGAGUUAAUAACUGGCAAAAGGUUGAGAUCAUUAAAAAGUUUCGUAAGGUGCCCCUCCAUGUGGUGUACUCCACUAGUGAAACAGAUUUGAGAUACGGUGACAAACCACUUGACAUUUCAGAACCUGAAUACCCACGACUUGAAUAUCAAAGAAGACAGCAAUUUUGGGGUCCUAUACGGCUGGCUCUUUUCACAUUGGCAAUUGUAGCAAUCAUAGGAAUUGCCAUUGGUAUAGUUACUCAUUUUGUUGUUAAGGGUGAUAAGUCAUUCUAUUACCUUGCCUCUUUUAAAGUCACAAAUAUCAAAUAUAAAGAAAAAUAUUCAAUGAAAACCUCAAGGGAGUUUACAAAAAGAAGUCAUCAGAUUGAGACUAUGAUGUCCAGAAUAUUUCAACAUUCUUUAGGAAACCGGUUUACCAAAUCUCAUGUUAUCAGACUGAGUCCAGCUGAAGAUGGUGUGAAUGUUCUUAUGGUGCUAAUGUUUCAAUACCCAUCCACUGAUAGUGCUGAAAGAAUCAAGAAAAUAAUUGAAAAGGUUUUAUAUCAAAGUCUGAAGAUCAAAAACUUGCCUUUCACUAUAAAUAAACCAUCAUUUAGACUUACACCGCUUGGGUCAUCCAAGAAUACUAGGAAUGAGUUAAACAGUAGCUGUGGGAUAAGGAUGACAUCUUCAAACAUACCAAUACCACCAUCUACUUCUACUGAAAGGAUCAUCCAUGGAAGAAAAACAGCUAUGGAUGGGGAGUGGCCAUGGCAGGCCAGCCUCCAGCUCAUAGGGGUGGGCCAUCAGUGUGGAGCUAGCCUCAUCAGUAACACAUGGCUCGUCACAGCAGCUCACUGCUUCAGGAGAAAUAAAGAUCCAAGUCAAUGGAUUGCUACUUUUGGUAUAACUAUAGAACCACCAGAAGUGAAAAAAUAUGUGAGGAAAAUUAUCCUUCAUGAAAAUUACCAAGGAGAAACGAAUGAAAAUGACAUUGCUUUGGCCCAGCUUGCUACUGGACUUGAGUUUUCAAAUAUAGUCCAGAGAGUUUGCCUCCCGGAUUCAUCAAUAAAGUUGCCACCUAACACAAGUGUAUUUGUCACGGGAUUUGGAUCCAUUGUAGAUGAUGGACCUACACAAAAUAGGCUUCGGCAAGCCAGAGUAGAAACCAUAAGCACUGAAGUAUGUAAUAGGAAGGAUGUGUAUGAUGGACUGAUAACUCCAGGAAUGUUGUGUGCAGGGUUCAUGGCAGGAAAAGUAGAUGCUUGCAAGGGUGACUCUGGUGGACCUCUAGUUUAUCCAGACAAUCAUGACAUCUGGUACCUUGUAGGUAUAGUAAGUUGGGGACAAUCAUGUGCACUCCCCAAAAAACCUGGAGUCUACACAAGAGUGACUAUGUAUCGAGACUGGAUUGCCUCAAAGACUGGCAUCUAG